AAGCUCAGUCAGCGCGUCACACCAACCAGCCAAUCCUGUGUCAGCGUCAGCACAUAGAAAUUUGCAUAAGCGCCGCUAUACAUACGUCGUCGUGAGCGCCUUUCCCAACAUUCGUUUGUCCUCCGAGAAGCGGCAACAAUGCCUGAUCCAGUCAAAGCACCCAAAAAAGGCUCCAAGAAAGCCGUCUCCAAAGCCACCAAGACCGGCAAGAAGAAGAGGAAGCCCAGGAAGGAGAGCUAUGCCAUCUACGUCUACAAGGUCCUCAAGCAGGUCCACCCGGAUACCGGCAUCUCUUCCAAGGCCAUGAGCAUCAUGAACUCCUUCGUGUCCGACAUCUUCGAGCGAAUCGCCGGGGAGGCUUCUCGCCUGGCGCACUACAACAAGCGCUCGACCAUCACUUCCAGGGAGAUCCAGACGGCCGUUCGCCUGCUCCUGCCUGGAGAACUGGCCAAACACGCUGUGUCUGAGGGCACCAAGGCUGUGACCAAGUACACGAGCUCCAAGUGAGCUAUUACUUUACCACCCAAAGGCCCUUUUCAGGGCCACACACACUAUUCUUAACUGGGCAAAUUUCUAGUUUAAGUAGAGUUUAUGUGUUUGUUCUUCUUCUUUUCCUUUUGGCUUUUCCCUUCAGGAGUCACUACAGUGAAUCCAUUACCUCCAUCUAACCCUGUCUUCUGGAUCCUCUUCUCUCACUCCAACUACCUUCAUGUCCUCUUCCAUAAACCUCCUCUUUGGUCUUCUUCUAGGCCUCUUCCCUGGCAGUUCCAAACUCAGCAUCCUUCUACCUAUAAUUCCCUAUCUCUCCU